AUGGAAGUUAGUCGCACUCCAUCAAAGGAUUUGUUAGACGAAGAGACUGUCUUUGAACUGGAAGAUAGCCUAGAUGCGCUCCCACUCACACCAUCGAGUCGAAAGAAUGACGCGGAUUCGGAAGCAUCACAGCCUGUAUUGCCUAAUUCAUCUUAAUUUUAUUAUCUGACAGAGCUUGCCCAGCGGUCGUCGUGACUCUAGAAUUAAGCCAGAAACGAUGCUUUCACGCGUCAGUGCAUUCGCAAGCGUGUCUGAGGAAAUUGUUCUGGAAGACUUAUUCGAAUACGUAUGGCCUAAUGUCGAUGCCGAAGACUCACCCGCACACACAUCAGACGAAGCGUACUACGUCGUACAGGAGCUCCUCGCUGAUUUUCUGAAGGUUUGUGCGCUUUCUUAUAGUUUUGUGACGCUACCUCUACUAAGUCCGUCCAUAAUAGAAAUUGAAACAUGCGUUUCAUUGCUUUUCUUCCUCCUGCUUCUCUUGAAAUAUGCUUGUACUUUGGGCAUUUGCCAGAGGAUUCUUAAAAAGAUCGGACCAGAUGGUCAUUUUGCCGCCACUCAACAUUAUUUCGGCAUUUCCAUAGCGUCGAAAUCCAUAAUUUUCAAACCCCUCUCUUUUCAGCUGUACGCGAUAACUUGGUCUUUGUAAUGGGUUUUAAACCUGCAAAUGUUCUCUUUACGUUUGUAAAUUCUGCACAUUUGCUAGUUAUAAAGCUGCUAACAUUUAUUUUAUGGGGCAUGUUUGCUGUCUGAAUAGCUGCUAAUUUCUAUCACCUAAAACGUGUUUCAUGUCCAAGUCGUUUCCGACCCGCUUAAAGAUGAACUCGACGGCCGCCAUUGUUGGAGGCCGGUGAAAACCCCCGUUUGUUUGGUGUUACUUACCCUCCGUGUAGCAAUCUAGAAUUUAUUUCUUUAAAGGACUUCAUGGUUGAGUUCUCUUUGCCCGUCUUCCCAAGCAUUCCCUAAAGGAGGCAGCUUUGGGUUGUUGCAGUCCAUGUUGUCAGAUCAGAAUAAAUUCAGAAAAGUAGUCAAGGGAAAGAAUUGCACGGAUGAAGUAGAGGCACAUCGAACUGAUUGCCUAGGAAAACUCCAAGCAGGAGUUUCAUAAGCGACUAUGACCUCUAAUACCUUCGGCCAGUCGGCACACAUACUCCUCGAUUAUAUGGUCUACCGAAGAUCCACAAGAACGGCCUACCAGUUAAUCCGAUUUUGAAAAUGCGUCACUCUCUGUAUCAUGUGAUAGUCAAGUACGUAGUAGAGAAACUCAAGCCCUGCAUUAUCAGCUAAUACCACGUAGCUGUCGGGAUACCUUCGAAUUCGUUGACGACGUCAAGCACCUGAACCUACACGGAAUGCCAAUUUUUUCGCUAAACGUCUCAUCACUCUUCAUAAACGUCUCGGUCGCAGAGACAGUCAACUAAAUCUGCGAAUACCUAUCAGCCAAUCAUCAAGAAAUGGGAACACUGACAAACGCACCCAAGGAACUAUUGCAAAGGUGCCCAUUAAAUGUGCGGAUUCUUCUUGACAACCAGCUUUCUAGGCAGGUGGACGGCGUUGGAAUUGACUCGCCUCCUGGCCCUCUUAUAGACGAUGUCAUCAUGGACGAGCUGGACAAAUUUCAACUUAACGACCAGAUCAACAGGCUAAGACAUUACGUUCGCUACGUUGAUGACUUCUUCGCAAUCGCCUCCGCAGAAACCAACACAGCGGCCCCCUUCGAUGCUGUAAACCAAGCGCACUCAUCGGUCAAGUCUAUGUUGGGGGCGGUAAACGGCAGGUUCGCUCCAUUGUUAGACUUCCUAAGCAGAAGAGUUAACGGUAGCGUUCGGAGAAGAGUCUAUCGGAAGAUAACUUGGUCUGGAAAAUAUGCAAACUUCGGCAAUUUCGUACUCCUUCAGCAGAAACGCAGCUUAAUCUGUUGUUUGGCGCAAAGGGCUAGAAAAAUCUGUUCAGCAGACACUACCGACAAAAAAUCAAGAAUGGUCCAGGACCCGCUUUGCGAGAGCGGGUAUCCUGACAGAUUUUUUGCAAAAUUAUUUCUGAUAGACCCGCAAAACCCACCAUAUCGUUCCUAAAAAUUCCUUUUUGUGAGGGACGCAGCGAGUGAACUGAGAAGAUGAUCCAACCGGGCUGUUUAAGGAAAGUUCCUGGUGACAAGAGUUCGAAUAUUAUUCUAUCUCAAUCCUGCUUUGCACGAAAGUAGGGACAGGUUUCUAGCCUCCAUAUGCAUUUACUCCUUGCUGCUGUGACGCAGGCUAUGCGGGUCGCACGAGUAGGUGCCUAUCCAAAAGAAUACAGAAACACAUCCCGACAUCGUUGAGAAAAGGCGAAAUUAGAAGCAUAAACAGCACCAUUUGCGCAUACAUUGUUGAUUCCGGGCAUCGUGUGGACCCCAUCGAAGUCGUCCGUGUGAUUUAUAAGGUUCCACCGAACUACCCUAAGCCAUCACAGUCUGAAGCCUGCGUGAUUCUUGGACCAGAAGUGUCGUCCAUAAUACUGCCAUCCCACAUCCCGACAAUUCAACCGUCGCAAGCGACGAUGCCCACCGUGUGCUCUACAACAAGGUGAAGCGGGCACAGUGUCUUGCGUGCGAAUUAGUUUGUAGUGAGCCUAGGCUUUCGCAGCAUCUACCGCACUCCCUCCUCCUCGCCCACCUGGGCCCGGUGUCAGGACAUAGUCAAGAAGACCGAAGGCGAUGGAGGGCGCAGGCGGAUGACGCGACCGAACCUGCAUCUUGACGCUCCACUCCACGCCCUACGGUCCACAACAAACACUUAGCCAGGAUCUUAACCAACAGCAAAAUUCAACAUCCAAAUGCCUUUCACAUCGGCCAUACCAACCGUGGUUAAGCCCAUUAGAAAAGUGAUUUCUUCUUCGCUGGUCCGAGCUUGCCUAAAAGGUCAACGAUCGACUGCAAUAAGCUAUCCCACAUGACUUGAUUUAUGCACUAAGCGCGCAAUCUGGCGAAUUUCGAACCCCAAGUUGAUCUCACUUCUAGAUUCAAUUAAAUGCGGAGGCAGUAGAUUCUGACAUGGAUGCCACACUCGGUUUGUGAUGCGUAAACAACUAUCUUUAAAGUUUUUCUUCCCCACCCUCACCUUCUUUUCUGAUUUUUUAGAUUAAGUCUUUCAAGAGACGGUACCCCGAUAUUUCCAGGCGUGUCAUGGAUGCUUAUGAGAGGACCUGGCUGCAAAAUAAUGGCCUUGUGCCAGCUGGUCGGGCUGAGCUCGGCCUAACGGCCCUACGCAGUGAGGAGGUCAUGACUCUGCUGCAGAACGAUUUUCCUGAUGUUCACGUUGCCGUCUCGGAUUUAUUUAGACAAAGGCGAUUCCAGAAGCUCGCUGAUUUACAAAAGCGCCAAUACGAAGUAGGCCCCCUUUGUCUAUGUAUAUCCCUUUUACCAUGGGCUAGGUGUCUUCCUACCUGUAAAUGACACCUUAGCGUUCUAAUGUUAAGACUUUUUCUGCCUCCAGUUUAAACGGUCUGAUCUUAUCUAGGCUGUAGAUAGUUCUAAUCAAACUGGUAGCUUCCCCGAUGUUUCUGUGAACUAUAUUAACAGCAACAGUAACGGUAGGCCUAAUCAGGGUGCGCCGGUCACAGUCCACUGGUCCGCCAAAGCCCUGUCCUGACAUAACUCCCCGAACUGCAGUUGCAUGAGACGUUUUCUUCGAGGAGAAGGAGGAGAGAAGGCAAACAUCUGUACAAAAGCUCCAAAACCGUGCCGGUUGGUGCGCAAUAUUGAACUUGUCAUAAUGCCGCUGCAACUUCUGAGCUUUUCAUAGGUAGCGGACUUUUCAGAUCAGUGCUUUGCCAUGCCUGCAGGUAAUUCCGCUGCAUCAUAAUUCAUGGCUGCUUAUUCAUUCUACCAGAGAGUCCGCCUAUUUUGUAGUUCAGUAAAAAUGUAAAUCCCGACGUUCCUUCGGACUGAAAGUGUGGUUGCAUGCAUUGACGGACCAAAUGUCUUGUCGGUUCAUGCUUUCCCAUCCUCCUCCAGUUUUCCUGAUCAUGCCAUUGAAGCAUAGUGAUCGCUGAAAAAGACUGACAUUGAUGCUGCACAGGUCUGCCCCAUCGUGCUCUUACUUUAUUCCCAUGAUACAUCAUUCUGGGGCCUCGACUGUCCUAGGAAGAGCGCAGUGGCGACUUUCGCUGCAUCCACCUCGCUCCUUUCUCCUUCCAGUGGCGAUACGCAGUCCAAAUGACCCGAGAUGGAUGUGCGCGCAAUGGCCGACAAGGUUGAAAUGGUGUUUACCUGUUCAACGCAGCUGCUGUCCCCCGACCUUACACAAAUAGUCAGUUAUGAGGGUCUGCGUAUGUCACAUGGGUCAAUCAUCAUAAAGAUUAUGGGGGAAGGUGACAUUGCAACCUGAAUAAGAGCGAGUCAUCUCUUCAACUGGCAUUCUUCCAGCUCAGAACGGAAUGUAGAGACACUUUCUGUAUAAUUUAGCUCUCCCAAUUUUCCAGUGACCUGUCCAAGCCUUCCUCUAACCUGUGCCACGCACAAACAUCAUGUAAAUUACGUCGUCAAUCAUUCCCGACGUUGGCGGACCUGAUGGCAGGAUUGUCUUUGUGAUUUUGUUGUGUGCAUGAGUACGACAGGCUAGGCCCGUGCAGCAUUUGAAUGUCUAAAUGCACGAUGGUCCGAUAAACUGGACCGCACUAGUGUUGUCCAGGAAGCAUGAUACCGACUUUUCACUUCUACUGCAGUGGAUUUACUUGUUUUCAACCACGUCUAUGCGCUACAGGAGUGCUGGGCCACAGGGAUAAUAUUGACACGAGUUCAGGUUGUGUGAAGGUGGUCUUACAGGUUAUUGCACUACAUCUCUGUACGGCCUCAAGGUUUUUUUAUAUUUAACGCUUCAGUAGGCCGUCCGUCUGAAGUUAUGGUGUUGAGGUCAGAUCUUUUCAGCUCAGAUCAACGUGUCCUAGUCAUCCUCGUCCUCCUCCUCCUCAUCAUCAUCAUAGUGAUCCUGGCUACAAUCUGAAUUAUCAUCUGCCAUACCCUCUGUUUUUAAUGUGGGCUACAAAAACGAGUAGUAUAUACGAUGGCUUAAGGACAAGGGGCCGUUACUGCGUUGUCGACCGUGGUCAUUCCUUCGCCGCACUUAAAUCACCGUUUGUCUCAAUUCAGCGCGAACUUCGUGAGCCAACAGAUGGAGCAGUUUUAAGCUGCCUUCUUGCCCUGGUGAACGUGUGGGGUAGCAGAAAGAGAGAGGGAGGGAGAGAGGUCGACUCAGCGCAUCUUGGCAAAAUAACAUUACCGACAAAGUCUAGGCAGAUUGAAGUGAUUAUUUUGGCUUGUUAGCCGUCAUCAGCCAGCCCUACAGUCUGGCGCUUGAAUCUAUAACGGUGAGCUAAAAGCUGCGGCCUGGAAAGUUGGCGACCAACGAUUCAACUCAGACUUCGCAGUCAGACCAGUGUAUAUUUGUGUGUGGAGUGACCGACUGGUGGACUGAGAGUCAGAUUCUAUGAUGCCCUCAUAACAUGACCUUCAUGGUACUCUGAUACGUGUGAGACCCGAGCCGCACACCCCCUUUGUGUGAAGUCCUAGUGCGUUAUAUUUGUGGGCCAGGUUGUGGCACGCGCAGUCAGGCUCGAGCUCUGUCAGUCACCGCGUCCAAUCCCCGCAUCAGACAACUGACCGGUUCAUACUGGUGUUCGGGAAGGGGGAAGAGAGGUCGACUCCUAGAGCUUGUUCCUCACUAUAAACAGUCUGAUGCGUUUGAACCUAUCAUAGUUCGCAAAAGUCAUGGCUUGGGAAACUGCCAACUGAGAGGGUAACUCGGUCCUCUACUCAGGACAGAGUCAUGCUGCGGUAUCAUCUUCCAAAUCUGGCCUUUGUUACACUUCCACUCAGCCGGGAUCCGCGCUGUCCCGUUGUUUUUAUGAAUUAUUGAUCUAUUCUGCGUGAACUAACCGCGUGUGGUUUGCGCAGACUGUCUAGUUUUGUCAUCCAAUACAUCCCCUUCUGUCUCCAGUCUUCUCGACACCGGACCCGGGUGGAGAGGGGAGGGAGUGCGAUAGAUGCAUCGAAAGUCCACAGUCACUGCAAAUAAUUCUUGCACAAGCCACCGUCUCAGCGCACACCCUGCCGUGGAGCACAUGGUUGACGUCGUUGCAGACGACGGUCAAAUUAUCACCUGACAGCGGUUAAAAACACUAGAACCCGCCAUAUUACGGAAUCGGCACAGGAUUGCUUGUGAUGCACGCGACCAUUUGUCUUAUCCCUCCGGCUCACCCUUACGUUGUCCACCAAACCUCUCGCAUCGACAGUAGGAACUUUGAACUACCAUUCCUGCCCCGAAGGGCUGAAAUUCAGACCCAUCCAAGCGGAUCGAUAUGACUCAAGCGCCGUUAACUCUCUUCUUUGCCUUCGGGCAGGCCUAGCCGGGGUGAUCUGAUAGCCCUGGAACCAAAAUUGCUCGGGGCAUUAAGACAUUCUGUUCCCAAUCGCCCGGCUUCCAGCGGGGAACUGUGUUGAUGAGGAGUCUCCUAGAAGACCAGAAUUAGCGCCACCUGGUAGCACAUAUUGUCCAUGCCGUAGCAAGUGCGUUUAUUUAAAACAAUUUAUCUCAUCUGCUGUCUUUAGGCUGCUCGCAUAGAACGCGGGGAGGCACGCGCAGAAGCAGCUCGAAAACGAGCACUGGAGUCCGCCUCGGACUUCAACCGUCAGCUCCUAUCUGAACGCCACCGCGAGCGAUGCUAUUACUGGGACCUACAGACGAUGCAGAUUCAUGUGCCAAAGUUACCUUACCGUCUGAUACCCGAGGAGGUAGUUCUGCAGCAAUGCAUCAAGAAGGGCGGCGCGUAUCCAGUUGCAGUCAUACCCGGCCAGUUCAAUGAGAAUUUUGUAGAGUUCAACUCCACUGAGCUCUCCUAUCUACCUCUAUCACGAGCCCUCUACACCACGCCCUGUCGCAAACCGCGCGUCCCAGCGCCUCUUCCGACCAUGCUGCGCUACGGAAACCUGCGUCCCCUUGCGGCGGUUGGAACCGACUUCAAGGAUGCCACUGAGGUAGUGCAGUCGUCGUCACCAGCUACUGGCACUGUGAACUUGGAGCAGAAAUCUUCUGCACCCUCUGCUAUCCCACCAAACGGGUAAACUUUAAUUUUUUGAAGUCCUUUUGAUCGGUUGGAAAUCCCUAAGGGGUUCGGCAGGUUGUAUGCAGGUCGCCGAGGGACUGCACGCAUUCAGCUCCUCGACAAGCAAGUGUUUGUAGUGGUAAAACCUCGCGGGAAAGCACAAAGUCAUGUCGGAGUGCUGAGAAAGAAAGAGAGUAUUGUGCGUAUGGCAUGUUUUGGCGCUCGUGAGGCAUGUUGCGGAUACCGUAAAUGUCAAAAGGUCUGUCAGCGUGUGCUAUGCCAGUAUAAGCAAACCAUGGCCCUCGCAGCCUAGUAUGCGCUGACAGUUUCCGGUAGAUGUGCUUGCGCUCCCACUAGGUACACAGGUGGUGGGCAUGGCUGCCCAGUCAGUCAUCGUCGUCUCUCUGACCCCCGUUGGGGUGUUGUUGUUGUUGUGGGCGAAAAUUCUGGUCAUUUGCUGUGUGGACCAGGGAGUGUUUUGGUACGCCUAAGUGCGGGUCCGGCCCCGCCAGCCACCUGCGCCCUACCCCCACCUCCGGUCUUCUUGGCUGUCAUGGCAUCGGGUCCAGGUGGGGAGUGGGGAAGAGGGAGUGCGGUAGAUGCUGUGCAAAUCCACUAGCACUAUAAACUAACUCAUGCACAAGUCACCUUCCCUGCCCUGCCUUGGUAUAGAGCACACGGUGGACAUCGUCGAAACUGACGGUCGAGCUGUCGAAUACCGUAAAUAUACUUAUGGAAAGGCCGUCCUAAGUGAAGUUGCCAUAAUGUAUGUCAAAUCUGUGCAGUUAGGACGAUUUACUGCGUGCCUUUCCGUUUUUGACAACAAACCUCCCACUACUGUCCUGACUCGAGGCUCUGUCUACUCUUUUCGAGUUCGCCGUUCAAAACAGAAUCCCAUGGCCACCGGACCUCAAAAGCCCCCAAUGGCUCCAUCGCCAGCGAACAGGAUGUCAAACAGGCUUCUUCACAGGACUGUUCAGUUUGCCGCCAGCCUGUUAUCGACCCCCUCCGUUGCGCUGAGUGUGGUCGCGCUGGACAUCCCAGCUGUCUGGAGCUCCCACCGAGCAUGAUAGAUGUUGUGCGAACGUGAGUUUCCUUUCCUGUACACUGAAUAGGUCCUCGGGUCACCGCAGCAUUAACCUCUUGCCCCCUUACCUUCUUUUAGUUAUGCCUGGUCCUGCAUGGAGUGCAAGCACUGUGUCGAAUGUCAGGACUCCGGUAAUGGAGAGCAGAUGAUGUUCUGUGACCGCUGUGAUCGUGGCUACCAUGCCUUCUGCGUUGGACUGUCCUGUAUUCCCGAGGGUAGCUGGGAGUGUCCAACAUGUGUUCCCGUAGACAGCGCCAAGACCGUAAUCGCUAACACCAGACGUUCCUCCACGGUCGCCAUGAGCACUCCCAUCAAGCAGUCCGGUCCUGGCAGCGCCUCCCGUCUCCGCAACAAGAGACCCGCCACCUCCAAGUCCGGCAGACGCGUCUCAGCCAAACGAGCCGAUACUGGCCUCGUGAGUCCUCUCGCCUCCUUCGACGAAAGCAGUUGUGCCACGGAACCGGAGGAGGCUUUGACAGUCGCAGCAGCAGCGGCGGCGGCUGAGGAGAGCAACAGUCUCCCGCCAACGGAGGCAGGAACUGGUAGCCCCUCUGCCCCUGUGGAGUGGACAAUCGAUUCUCCUGCUAAGCAGCACCAGUUACAAUCCAACUGA